GGAUACUUGGUGAAUUGGGAUGUCCAACGACAAGUUUGGGAUUAUCUUUUUGGAAAAGAAAUGUAUCAGGUAACAAGUUAGAUGUAACAAGCUGAGUGGAUGUUCAAACUUUAAUCUACCCCAAGGAUAUGGGAAAACUCUACCUCUGUCACCCAUGAUAUUGAAAGGAAGGAAGCCUAGGGGAAAAAUGAAAGUGAGACCAUCCAGUUGCCAGGAGACCUGCAGCAUGGGCACCUUCGCUCAGGCUAACCCUGAAGACAAGCUCUGGAUAAAGUUUGUAGACACUACCAGAACUCAUUGGUAAGAACAGCCUUCACUGGCAGGGCUGGGAGCAGUGUCCAGAACCUGGAAUUUGAACUGCUGGUACAGAAAAGGCAAAGGGUAAGAGACCAACAAGGCUCCAUGUAGACUCUUGAGUUUUCUGCAGGUAACAGUCCUCCAGAAAGCCCUCUGAACACUUCUUGCCUUCUUCUUGUUCAUAACAGCAGUAGUGGCUCCACUGCAGGGCUGCCUCAACCCUUACUUUUGUCUUUAACAGUUUGACAGUUGGGCAGUCCCAUGUUAAUGUUUAUUCUAUUGAGGUAAGAUUGUAACUAGAUUCUGUAAGUUCAAAUCCUAGGUAUGACCCUAAGUGACUCUAUGAACCUGGGUAGCACAUUCAGUUUUUCUGUGACUCCAUUCAUGUAUUAGAUGAGGAUUACAGUCAGUUACAGUCAGCAUUCUUAUUGUGAGUAUUAGAUAAUUUUGUUUAUUAUACACACACACACACACAAAACAUUUUUUGGUGAUAAUCACUAUAGAUUAUAAACUUUUGGGAUUUUUUUCUCCUGUAGGUUGAUUUUUUAGAUACUAAUAUUAUUAUAACAGAACCAUAUUUUAACUUCACUUCAAUCCAAGAAUCAAUGAAUGAAAUCCUAUUUGAAGAAUAUCAGUUCCAAGCAGUAUUAAGAGUAAAUGCCGGCGCUCUCAGCGCACACAGGUAUUUCCGUGAUAACCCUUCUGAACUGUGCUGCAUCAUUGUGGACAGUGGCUAUUCCUUCACGCACAUUGUUCCUUACUGUAGAAGCAAAAAGAAAAAAGAAGCAAUUAUUCGGAUAAAUGUGGGCGGAAAGCUCUUAACAAACCAUCUAAAAGAGAUCAUAUCCUACAGGCAGCUGCAUGUGAUGGAUGAAACUCAUGUGAUUAAUCAAGUGAAGGAAGAUGUAUGCUAUGUGUCUCAGGACUUUUACAGAGACAUGGACAUUGCCAAGUUAAAAGGAGAAGACAAUACAGUCAUGAUUGACUAUGUUCUCCCUGACUUCAGUACAAUUAAAAAGGGCUUUUGUAAGCCCAGAGAAGAGAUGGUGCUGAGUGGGAAGUAUAAAUCUGGGGAACAGAUUCUUCGCCUUGCCAACGAGAGAUUUGCUGUUCCAGAAAUACUCUUUAACCCCUCUGACAUCGGCAUUCAGGAGAUGGGGAUCCCAGAAGCCAUUGUCUAUUCAAUUCAAAACCUACCUGAAGAAAUGCAGCCACAUUUUUUUAAGAACAUCGUUUUGACAGGAGGAAAUUCCCUCUUCCCCGGAUUCAGAGAGCGGGUUUACUCAGAAGUUCGGUGUUUGACGCCAACAGACUAUGACGUUUCUGUCGUGUUGCCUGAGAACCCUAUCACUUACUCCUGGGAAGGGGGUAAGUUGAUAUCUGAAAAUGAUGACUUUGAAGAUAUGGUGGUUACAAGAGAAGAUUAUGAAGAAAAUGGACAUAGUGUCUGUGAAGAAAAAUUUGAUAUUUAAGAAAUAUUUCUGAAGCCGGGCAGUGGUGACGCAUGCCUUUAAUCCCAGCACUUCGGAGGCAGAGGCAGUUGGAUUUCCGAGUUCGAGGCCAGCUUGGUCUACAGAGUGUGUACCAGGACAACCAGAGCUACACAGAGAAACCCUGUCUCAAGAAAACAAACAAAAAAAAAGAAAGAAAAAAGAAAGAAAGAAACAUACAUUUCUGAAAGGCUUGGAAAGUUUAUUUCAAAGUUCCCUUUAUAGGGGGUUAAGAACUAUGUUACUUUUCAUCAUAAGAUAAAGUCUUGAGCUUAUGUAACUAUUCUGAGUCAUGGCUGAUGUGCACAGGCUCCUUACAUGGGUUAUUACAGUAAAGUGCCAUGUUUCAUUAAGUAGCUAGACUACUAAACAAUACUAUACUGUUCCUGAGAAUAGAUUAUUUUUCAUGAGAAAGUGAAAGAGCAAAUGUUUAGUUCUUCAUACUUGAAAACUAGAUUGAAGCAUCUCACCCAUCAGUUUUCCUUAGAAGAUACUUUGUGUAGUUUUGACUGUUUAGCUAAAGUAUUUACAGACUAUCAAGAUUUUGCUGUCUUAGAACUAAGUAUUUUAUUUAAAGUUUGUUAUUCUUUUCUGUACCUAAUAAAAUUUGAAAGGUUGAUAUUAAAUA